AUGCAAAGCCCUACAAAGACUAAACAAGGCGUCCACACCUAUGUUGCUCAGUGGCCUAUUUCCACUCUAGCAUGGUCAAUGCGCCGUGACAAAACCCCCCGCUUUGCCAUUGGUAGCUAUUUGGAAGAUUAUACCAACAAGGUUGAACUUGUCCACUUCAACUACAACACAUUCAGUUUUACCACCGACCCUCGUUUGGUACUUGAUCACCCUUAUGCACCAACAAACAUCAUGUUCUUUCCUUCCGAGGAUGACACAAAACCAGACCUCCUUGCCACUUCAGGUGACAACCUAAGAUUGUGGGAAAUCCAUGAUGAUCAUAUUCAACUAAAGUCCCCCCUAAUUGGUAACAAAGUUAGUGAUCAUUCAGCUAUAACCUCUUUUGAUUGGACCAUGUUUGACCCUCGUCUUAUAGCAACUUCUAGCGUAGACACUACAUGCACCAUUUGGGACAUUGAAAGGGAAGUUAUGAAGGCACAACUAGUGGCACAUGACAAAGAAGUAUAUGACAUUUCAUGGGGUGGACUUAAUGUCUUUGCUUCUGUGUCUGGUGAUGGUUCUAUCAGGGUGUUUGAUUUAAGAGACAAAGAAAAAUCUACCAUAAUUUAUGAAAAUCCAGUGCAAGAUUGUCCUUUGCUACGUUUGGAAUGGAAUAAAAGUGAUCCAAGGUUCAUGGCCAUGGUUGGAUUGAAUAGUAAUAAAGUGGUAAUCAUGGAUAUUAGGCUACCAACCACGCCAUUUAUGGAAUUAAGUAAGCAUAGAGCAUGUGUUAAUGCUAUAUCAUGGUCUCCAAAUUUUGGACGACAUUUGUGCUCUGUUAGUGAUGAUGCAAGGGCCUUCAUUUGGGAUGUGAUGGACUCAGGGAUCCCAGCAAGAAAUGACAAUGAUGUGGAGCCCUUGAUGUGGCAUGGAACAACAUCUGAAAUCAAUCAUGUGCGUUGGUCUCCAGUGCAGAUGGAUUGGAUUGCUGUUGCUUUCUUGAACAACUUACAAUUACUCAAGGUGUAG